CUGCCUGGAGUCUUUCCCCUGGAGUCUCCCAGAGCAGCACUAGGCUACCAGAGAUUUACCGUCUACCGUACGGGACAGAGAUGAGUGUGUGAGGUGAGGGUAAAGAGGGAGGCAGCAUCAUGUUAUCGUCUGGAGACUGCACGGUCCCUCACGUCACAUUCAGCGGCACUGGGGUUGCUGAUGAGGACACGACCAGGGGUCGGUCCUCGGGUGAAGUGUGUCCUCAGAAGAUGACCUCGUCAAAGAACUAUAUUCGUCUUCUCCUCCUCAUCCUCGUCCCUGUUAUCAGCCUGCUAACCUGUCUACUGCUGGUUCUCCUUGCCUUCUCAGGAAUCUUUGGGAAUGUUUUCUUUUUGGGAGUAGAGUCAGGAGAGUCGGACUCCCUCUUCGGUACGGCGUUCCCUCUCUCCACGGACACCGCUAUCGGGACCUCUCCCGUUAACCCUAAUGUGACCGGACCUGCCGGCACCGUGACCGCGACCUCAGACCCAUCUGGAACUCAUUAUAAUCCACACACGGACAAUACUACUGUCACACACUCCUCCUCCUCCUCUUCUUCAUCCUCUUCAUACGUCUCUUCCACAACUCCUCCCACCAUGGUUCACACAGACCCUCGUGAUUGGGUGACCUCUAUGACAUCACUGGGCACCUCCUGGCCAAUCAGCACCACCCACGAUCCUUUGAGUCCCGCCUCCAACCAGGCCAGACGUGUAGUCCUACCCUGCCAGUCUUUCUGUGAGUCAGCCAGAAAGGGCUGUGAACCAGUCCUCCAGCUGUUCAACGCAUCAUGGCCUGACUUCCUGCGAUGUUCCCAGUUCACCAACAACACUUCCGGGUUGCCAGGGUUGUCGUCCAUGGCAAUGCACUCCGAGUCAGGGGUCAGCCCAGGUACAAGGGUUAACGCCACACUCCUCAGCCUCACCUCCAUCCCUUCCAGCUGCUACUCUCCCAGACAGGUCAAAGGCCAACCAUCUGUCUGUGGAGGACACGACCACUUCCUGUGUGUGACUGGACUAUGUGUCCCCAGGAAACUUGUUUGUAACGGAUAUAACGACUGUGAUGACUGGAGCGAUGAGGCAGAAUGUGUGUGUGGAGAAGAGCAGUUUAGGUGUGGGACGGGACGCUGUGUGUCUCCCUCUAUGGUGUGUGAUGGAUACGAUGACUGUGGAGAUCUCAGCGAUGAGCACAGCUGUGUGUGUGACCCAGUUAGCGAGCACCGCUGUGAGGAUGGGAGAUGUGUUACCAGGGACUGGGUGUGUGAUGGAGAUCAUGACUGUAUGGACAAGAGUGACGAACUGAACUGCUCCUGUAAGUCCCAGGGUCUGUUGGAAUGUAGGAAUGGUCAGUGUGUUCCCAGUGCCUUCAGAUGUGACGGAGAAGAUGACUGCAAGGACGGCAGUGACGAGGAAAACUGUACUCAGAUUGGGGGUGCGUGUGCUCCCGGCCAGCCCAGCUGUUCCUCUACUCCCAGCACGUGUGAUGCCCGUAACAACUGCAGUCAUUGUGAGCCCAUUACUCUAGAGCUGUGUAUGAACUUGCCCUACAACAGUACCACCUACCCUAACUACCUUGGCCACGCGACCCAGAGCGAGAGCUCUGUCUCCUGGGAGUCUUCUCUGUUCCCAGCCCUGGUUCAGACCAACUGUUAUAAAUACCUCAUGUUCUUCGCCUGUACCAUGUUGGUCCCCAAGUGUGACUCACACACACACCAGAGGGUGCCCCCCUGCAGGUCAUUGUGUCGGAGCUCGAAGGAGCGCUGUGAGUCUGUGCUGGGUAUUGUGGGUCUUCAGUGGCCGGAGGACACAGACUGUAACCAGUUCCCUGAAGACGGACGCAACGUCACCUGUCUGCUACCUGACCUGGAUGUUGAUGAGUGUUCUCCCAGUCACUUCAAAUGUCGGUCAGGGAGGUGUGUCCUGUCCUCUAAGCGCUGUGAUGGACACAUGGACUGUGACGAUGACAGUGACGAAGACAACUGUGGUUGUGUAGAGCGGGGUCUGUGGGAGUGCCCAGGUACCAGGCUGUGUAUUAAACACUCUAUGAUCUGUGACGGCUUCCCAGACUGCCCUCUGCUGAAAGAUGAGAACAACUGCUCUGUAUGCAAGGACAACGAGCUCGCCUGUAACAACCACCAGUGUGUUCACCGGACUCUGUGGUGUGACGGGACAAAACACUGUUCGGACAGCUCUGAUGAGUGGGACUGUGUCUCUCUGUCUGAGGGGUCGAUCGUGACCGUCUCCAGGACAGCAGUAGAUUACCAUGUCUGUGGUGAUGACUGGACGACGGACCUCAGUCAACUGACCUGCUCUCAGCUCGGCCUAGGAGUCCCAGCAUCAGUAACUCUGGUUCCAGACCCUCCCAGUGUUCCAGGGAGGAGGAGGUGGCUUCAUGUUCACCCCAACUGGAGACAGAGGAACGGCUCAGCUCUACAGGGCCUACUGGAGAAGAGAGGGCAUGCCUGUUACUCCAGGAAGAGAGUGUCUCUACACUGCACCAAAGAAGACUGUGGCCUGCGCCCAGCAGUGCGUCUGUAUAAGCGUAUCCUGGGGGGCAGGGUGUCCAGGCCAGGGAGGUGGCCUUGGCAGUGUUCUCUCCAGUCAGAUCCAAGUGGACAUAUCUGUGGGUGCGUCCUCAUUGGGAAGAAAUGGGCCCUUACUGUCGCUCACUGCUUUGAAGGACGUGAGAGUGCCGACCUAUGGAAGGUUGUCUUGGGCAUCAACAACCUGGACCACCCCUCCCCCUACCUGCAGACUACAGGUGUAGAGUCCAUCAUUGUUCACCCUCGCUAUAACCGGGCCGUGGUCGACUACGACAUCAGCGUGGUUGAGCUGGACAGGGAGGUGGAGGUUACCAGUUACGUUCGACCGGUGUGUCUUCCCGGUAACGGACAGUUACCACAACCUGACACCUACUGUUAUAUUACAGGAUGGGGUCACAUGGGGAACAGGAUGCCCUUCAAGCUCCAGGAGGGAGAGGUAAGGAUCAUCAGUCUGUCUCAGUGUCAGAGUUACUUUGAUAUGAAGACCAUCACCACCAGGAUGCUUUGUGCUGGAUACGAGGCUGGCACCGUGGACUCCUGCAUGGGUGACAGUGGGGGGCCUCUGGUGUGUGAGGAGCCUAGUGGUGGGAGCUGGACCCUGUAUGGCCUGACGUCCUGGGGUAGUGUGUGUUUCUCCAAAGUCCUGGGGCCUGGGGUCUACUCUAAUGUUACACACUUCACACCCUGGAUACACCGACAGAUCUACCUUCACACCUUCCAUCUACACUGAUACAGACAGACCUUCACACCUUCCAUCUACACUAAUACAGACAGACCUCCACACCUUCCAUCUACACUGAUACAGACAGACCUCCACACCUUCCAUCUACACUAAUACAGACAGACCUCCUCACCUUCCAUCUACACUGAUACAGACAGACCUCCACACCUUCCAUCUACACUAAUACAGACAGACCUCCACACCUUCCAUCUACACUAAUACAGACAGACAUCCACACCUUCCAUCUACACUAAUACAGACCUCCUCACCUUCCAUCUACACUAAUACAGACAGACCUCCUCACCUUCCAUCUACACUAAUACAGACCUCCACACCUUCCAUCUACACUGAUACAGACAGACCUCCUCACCUUCCAUCUACACUCAUACAGACAGACCUCCUCACCUUCCAUCUACACUAAUACAGAGAGCCCUCCACACCUUCCAUCUACACUAAUACAGACAGACCUCCUCACCUUCCAUCUACACUGAUACAGACAGACCUCCACACCUUCCAUCUACACUAAUACAGACAGACAUCCACACCUUCCAUCUACACUAAUACAGACCUCCACACCUUCCAUCUACACUAAUACAGACAGACAUCCACACCUUCCAUCUACACUAAUACAGACCUCCACACCUUCCAUCUACACUAAUACAGACCUCCACACCUUCCAUCUACACUGAUACAGACCUCCUCACCUUCCAUCUACACUAAUACAGACAGACCUCCACACCUUCCAUCUACACUAAUACAGACAGACAUCCACACCUUCCAUCUACACUAAUACAGACCUCCACCUACACUAAUACAGACCUCCACACCUUCCAUCUACACUGAUACAAACCUCCUCACCUUCCAUCUACACUAAUACAGACAGACCUCCACACCUUCCAUCUACACUGAUACAGACCUCCUCACCUUCCAUCUACACUAAUACAGACAGACCUCUACACCUUCCAUCUAAACUAAUACAGACAGACAUACACACCUUCCAUCUACACUAAUACAGACCUCCACACCUUCCAUCUACACUGAUACAGACCUCCUCACCUUCCAUCUACACUAAUACAGACAGACCUCCACACCUUCCAUCUACACUGAUACAGACCUCCUCACCUUCCAUCUACACUAAUACAGACAGACCUCCACACCUUCCAUCUACACUAAUACAGACAGACCUUCACACCUUCCAUCUACACUAAUACAGACCUCCACACCUUCCAUCUACACUAAUACAGACCUCCACACCUUCCAUCUACACUGAUACAGACCUCCUCACCUUCCAUCACACUAAUAUAGACAGACCUCCACACCUUCCAUCUACACUAAUACAGACAGACCUUCACACCUUCCAUCUACACUGAUACAGACAGACCUCCACACCUUCCAUCUACACUAAUACAGACAGACAUCCACACCUUCCAUCUACACUAAUACAGACAGACAUCCACACCUUCCAUCUACACUGAUAGACAGACCUCCACACCUUCCAUCUACACUGAUACAGACAGACAUCCACACCUUCCAUCUACACUGAUAGACAGACCUCCUCACCUUCCAUCUACACUGAUACAAACAGACAGACCUCCUCACCUUCCAUCUACAUUAAUACAGACAGACCUCCACACCUUCCAUCUACACUAAUACAGACAGACAUCCACACCUUCCAUCUACACUGAUAGACAGACCUCCACACCUUCCAUCUACACUGAUACAGACAGACCUCCACACCUUCCAUCUACACUGAUAGACAGACCUCCACACCUUCCAUCUACACUGAUACAGACAGACCUCCACACCUUCCAUCUACACUAAUACAGACAGUCCUCCACACCUUCCAUCUACACUAAUACAGACAGACCUCCACACCUUCCAUCUACACUAAUACAGACCUUCACACCUUCCAUCUACACUAAUACAGACCUUCACACCUUCCAUCUACACUAAUACAGACAGACCUCCACACCUUCCAUCUACACUAAUACAGACAGACCUCCACACCUUCCAUCUACACUAAUACAGACAGACCUCCACACCUUUCAUCUACCCUAAUACAGACAGAUCUCCACACCUUCCAUCUACACUAAUACCUACAGACCUCCACACCUUCCAUCUACACUAAUACAGACAGCCCUCCACACCUUCCAUCUACACUAAUACAGAGAGCCCUCCACACCUUCCAUCUACACUAAUACAGACAGACAUCCACACCUUCCAUCUACACUGAUACAGACAGACCUCCACACCUUCCAUCUACACUAAUACAGACAGACCUCCACACCUUCCAUCUACACUAAUACAGACAGACCUCCACACCUUCCAUCUACACUAAUACAGACAGACCUCCACACCUUCCAUCUACACUAAUACAGACCUCACCUUCCAUCUACACUAAUACAGAGAGCCCUCCACACCUUCCAUCUACACUAAUACAGACAGACCUCCUCACCUUCCAUCUACACUGAUACAGACAGACCUCCACACCUUCCAUCUACACAGAUAGACAGACCUCCACACCUUCCAUCUACACUAAUACAGACAGACCUCCACACCUUCCAUCUACACUGAUACAGACAGACCUCCACACCUUCCAUCUACACUGAUAGACAGACCUCCACACCUUCCAUCUACACUGAUACAGACAGACCUCCACACCUUCCAUCUACACUGAUAGACAGACCUCCACACCUUCCAUCUACACUAAUACAGACAGACAUCCACACCUUCCAUCUACACUGAUAGACAGACCUCCACACCUUCCAUCUACACUGAUACAGACAGACCUCCACACCUUCCAUCUACACUGAUAGACAGACCUCCACACCUUCCAUCUACACUGAUACAGACAGACCUCCACACCUUCCAUCUACACUAAUACAGACAGACCUCCACACCUUCCAUCUACACUAAUACAGACAUACCUCCACACCUUCCAUCUACACUAAUACAGACAGACCUCCACACCUUCCAUCUACACUAAUACAGACAGAUCUCCACACCUUCCAUCUACACUAAUACCUACAGACCUCCACACCUUCCAUCUACACUAAUACAGACAGACCUCCACACCUUCCAUCUACACUAAUACAGAGAGCCCUCCACACCUUCCAUCUACACUAAUACAGACAGACAUCCACACCUUCCAUCUACACUAAUACAGACAGACCUCCACACCUUCCAUCUACACUAAUACAGACAGACCUCCACACCUUCCAUCUACACUAAUACAGACAGACCUCCACACCUUCCAUCUACACUAAUACAGACAGACCUCCACACCUUCCAUCUACACUAAUACAGACCUCACCUUCCAUCUACACUAAUACAGAGAGCCCUCCACACCUUCCAUCUACACUAAUACAGACAGACCUCCUCACCUUCCAUCUACACUGAUACAGACAGACCUCCACACCUUCCAUCUACACAGAUAGACAGACCUCCACACCUUCCAUCUACACUAAUACAGACAGACCUCCACACCUUCCAUCUACACUAAUACAGACAGACCUCCACACCUUCCAUCUACACUAAUACAGACAGACCUCCACACCUUCCAUCUACACUAAUACAGAGAGCCCUCCACACCUUCCAUCUACACUAAUACAAAGAGCCCUCCACACCUUCCAUCUACACUAAUACAGAGAGACCUCCACACCUUCCAUCUACACUAAUACAGAGAGACCUCCACACCUUCCAUCUACACUGAUAUAGACAGACCUCCACACCUUCCAUCUACACUAAUACAGACAGACCUCCACACAUUCCAUCUACACUAAUACAGACAGACAUCCACACCUUCCAUCUACACUAAUACAGACAGACCUCCACACCUUCCAUCUACACUGAUACAGACAGACCUCCACACCUUCCAUCUACACUAAUACAGACAGACAUCCACACCUUCCAUCUACACUAAUACAGACAGACCUCCACACCUUCCAUCUACACUAAUACAGACAGACCUCCACACCUUCCAUCUACACUAAUACAGAGAGCCCUCCACACCUUCCAUCUACACUAAUACAGACAGACCUCCACACCUUCCAUCUACACUCAUACAGACAGACCUCCACACCUUCCAUCUACACUAAUACAGACCUCCUCACCUUCCAUCUACACUAAUACAGACAGACCUCCACACCUUCCAUCUACACUAAUACAGACAGAUCUCCACACCUUCCAUCUACACUAAUACAGACAGACCUCCACACCUUCCAUCUACACUAAUACAGACAGACCUCCACACCUUCCAUCUACACUAAUACAGAGAGCCCUCCACACCUUCCAUCUACACUAAUACAGACAGACAUCCACACCUUCCAUCUACACUAAUACAGACAGACCUCCACACCUUCCAUCUACACUAAUACAGACAGACCUCCACACCUUCCAUCUACACUGAUACAGACAGACCUCCUCACCUUCCAUCUACACUACUACAGACAGACCUCCACACCUUCCAUCUACACUAAUACAGACAGACCUCCACACCUUCCAUCUACACUAAUACAGACAGACCUCCACACCUUCCAUCUACACUAAUACAGACCUCACCUUCCAUCUACACUAAUACAGAGAGCCCUCCACACCUUCCAUCUACACUAAUACAGACAGACCUCCUCACCUUCCAUCUACACUGAUACAGACAGACCUCCACACCUUCCAUCUACACAGAUAGACAGACGUCCACACCUUCCAUCUACACUAAUACAGACAGACCUCCACACCUUCCAUCUACACUAAUACAGACAGACCUCCACACCUUCCAUCUACACUAAUACAGAGAGCCCUCCACACCUUCCAUCUACACUAAUACAGAGAGACCUCCACACCUUCCAUCUACACUAAUACAGAGAGACCUCCACACCUUCCAUCUACACUAAUACAGACAGACCUCCACACCUUCCAUCUACACUAAUACAGACAGACCUCCACACCUUCCAUCUACACUAAUACAGACCUCACCUUCCAUCUACACUAAUACAGAGAGCCCUCCACACCUUCCAUCUACACUAAUACAGACAGACCUCCUCACCUUCCAUCUACACUGAUACAGACAGACCUCCACACCUUCCAUCUACACAGAUAGACAGACCUCCACACCUUCCAUCUACACUAAUACAGACAGACCUCCACACCUUCCAUCUACACUAAUACAGACAGACCUCCACACCUUCCAUCUACACUAAUACAGACAGACCUCCACACCUUCCAUCUACACUAAUACAGAGAGCCCUCCACACCUUCCAUCUACACUAAUACAAAGAGCCCUCCACACCUUCCAUCUACACUAAUACAGAGAGACCUCCACACCUUCCAUCUACACUAAUACAGAGAGACCUCCACACCUUCCAUCUACACUGAUAUAGACAGACCUCCACACCUUCCAUCUACACUAAUACAGACAGACCUCCACACAUUCCAUCUACACUAAUACAGACAGACAUCCACACCUUCCAUCUACACUAAUACAGACAGACCUCCACACCUUCCAUCUACACUGAUACAGACAGACCUCCACACCUUCCAUCUACACUAAUACAGACAGACAUCCACACCUUCCAUCUACACUAAUACAGACAGACCUCCACACCUUCCAUCUACACUAAUACAGACAGACCUCCACACCUUCCAUCUACACUAAUACAGAGAGCCCUCCACACCUUCCAUCUACACUAAUACAGACAGACCUCCACACCUUCCAUCUACACUCAUACAGACAGACCUCCACACCUUCCAUCUACACUAAUACAGACCUCCUCACCUUCCAUCUACACUAAUACAGACAGACCUCCACACCUUCCAUCUACACUAAUACAGACAGAUCUCCACACCUUCCAUCUACACUAAUACAGACAGACCUCCACACCUUCCAUCUACACUAAUACAGACAGACCUCCACACCUUCCAUCUACACUAAUACAGAGAGCCCUCCACACCUUCCAUCUACACUAAUACAGACAGACAUCCACACCUUCCAUCUACACUAAUACAGACAGACCUCCACACCUUCCAUCUACACUAAUACAGACAGACCUCCACACCUUCCAUCUACACUGAUACAGACAGACCUCCUCACCUUCCAUCUACACUACUACAGACAGACCUCCACACCUUCCAUCUACACUAAUACAGACAGACCUCCACACCUUCCAUCUACACUAAUACAGACAGACCUCCACACCUUCCAUCUACACUAAUACAGACCUCACCUUCCAUCUACACUAAUACAGAGAGCCCUCCACACCUUCCAUCUACACUAAUACAGACAGACCUCCUCACCUUCCAUCUACACUGAUACAGACAGACCUCCACACCUUCCAUCUACACAGAUAGACAGACGUCCACACCUUCCAUCUACACUAAUACAGACAGACCUCCACACCUUCCAUCUACACUAAUACAGACAGACCUCCACACCUUCCAUCUACACUAAUACAGAGAGCCCUCCACACCUUCCAUCUACACUAAUACAGAGAGACCUCCACACCUUCCAUCUACACUAAUACAGAGAGACCUCCACACCUUCCAUCUACACUGAUAUAGACAGACCUCCACACCUUCCAUCUACACUAAUACAGACAGACCUCCACACCUUCCAUCUACACUAAUACAGACAGACAUCCACACCUUCCAUCUACACUAAUACAGACAGACCUCCACACCUUCCAUCUACACUGAUACAGACAGACCUCCACACCUUCCAUCUACACUAAUACAGACAGACAUCCACACCUUCCAUCUACACUAAUACAGACAGACCUCCACACCUUCCAUCUACACUAAUACAGACAGACCUCCACACCUUCCAUCUACACUAAUACAGAGAGCCCUCCACACCUUCCAUCUACACUAAUACAGACAGACCUCCACACCUUCCAUCUACACUCAUACAGACAGAUCUCCACACCUUCCAUCUACACUAAUACAGACCUCCUCACCUUCCAUCUACACUAAUACAGACAGACCUCCACACCUUCCAUCUACACUAAUACAGACAGACCUCUACACCUUCCAUCUACACUAAUACAGACAGACCUCCACACCUUCCAUCUACACUAAUACAGACCUCCUCACCUUCCAUCUACACUAAUACAGACAGAUCUCCACACCUUCCAUCUACACUGAGAGACAGACCUCCACACCUUCCAUCUACACUGAUACAGACAGACCUCCACACCUUCCAUCUACACUAAUACAGACAGACCUCCACACCUUCCAUCUACACUAAUACAGACAGACCUCCACACCUUCCAUCUACACUAAUACAGACAGACCUCCACACCUUCCAUCUACACUGAGAGACAGACCUCCACACCUUCCAUCUACACUGAUACAGACAGACCUCCACACCUUCCAUCUACACUAAUACAGACAGACCUCCACACCUUCCAUCUACACUAAUACAGACAGACCUCCACACCUUCCAUCUACACAGAUAGACAGACCUCCACACCUUCCAUCUACACUGAUAGACAGAUAGACAGUUUUUCCCUUGUAAUGCCAGUCACUCAAUUAGCUAUGUCAGGUAAAGCAAAUGUAGAUUGGUAAAUUAGUCUAGCGGCUUGCUAUCUACACUGGUAGUUAGCAUGGUGGGUGGAUGGGUUUGGACGUGAGUAUGCAGACCCACAAGCCACAGGGGCCCCUCGUGACGAGUUCCAGUGCUUUGUGUCCCCACCCCCACCCCGUGACAGAAACGCUGAGAGAAAGAAGACAACGGGUGGAGAAGAAGAACAAAAAAACCCGGAGCAAUGUAAAACCAACCAGAGACGUUUGGUGAUGUCACUUCCUCUUCCUGUGGUCCCCCAACAUUCCAAACAGGAAGUGAAGUGUAUUUUGGGAGGAGACUGUUGGAUGUGAUGACGUCAUCAUUGCCACUCUGUCUUAGAUGUUUUUACACACAACACACGUGUUACACACACUUUACAUGACACACAGCCUCUCUCCCUCAACACGUGUGUGUGCUUAUGUAUGUGCUUAACGUGUGUGUGUGUUCGUUCAGAUGUAAUAUAAUGAUACGCCUUCUGUACAUUUGGCCACAGUGGGGCGCUGUUGUAACAGCUAUGGCCCUGCUGUUUAAAUACAAGCUGUGUGUGUGUGUGUGUGUGUGUGUGUGUGUGUGUGUGUGUGUGUGUGUGUGUGUGUGUGUGUGUGUGUGUGUGUGUGUGUGUGUGUGUGUGUGUGUGUGUGUGUGUGUGUGUUUAUGCUUUCAAGGUCUGUAUGAUACAUUCCAGGUGUUUGUAAUUUUCUAAGAGUAUUUUUCUACUGCUUUUUGUAUGUGGUGUGUGUGUGUGUAUGGGGUGUGUGUGUGUGUGUAUGUGGGACGUGUGUAUUUGUGUGUGUGUGUGUGUGCCUGUGUGUGUGAGCACGUUUUAGUCCCUAAAGUGACAGGGACUUUCUGGCCUCUUCCCUGUCACUACACAGUGAUAAUGUUUACUAUAGGACAUAUGUACUGUCCAUGGAUAAUGCUGUAGAUAUAUAUAUAUAUAUGAUAGAUAAUGUUUAAAGCCGUCUGACAUACUCGUGUCUGUGUGUAAAAGUAGGGCUUCGUCCCCAAUGGAACCCUAUUCCCUAUAUAGUGCACUACUUGAUAAAUAAUGGCACCCUAUUCCCUAUAUAGUGCACUACUUGAUAAAUAAUGACACCCUAUUCCCUAUAUAGUGCACUACUUGAUAAAUAAUGGCACCCUAUUCCCUAUAUAGUGCACUACUUGAUAAAUAAUGACACCCUAUUCUCUAUAUAGUGCACUACUUGAUAAAUAAUGGAACCCUAUUCCCUAUAUAGUGCACUACUUGAUAAAUAAUGACACCCUAUUCCCUAUAUAGUGCACUACUUGAUAAAUAAUGACACCCUAUUCCCUAUAUAACCCUUAGUAAUGACACCCUAUUCCCUAUAUAAUCCUUAGUAAUGACACCCUAUUCCCUAUAUAACCCUUAGUAAUGACACCCUAUUCCCUAUAUAAUCCUUAGUAAUGACACCCUAUGUAAUGCAGUAGUCCACUUUAGGGAAUAGGGUACAUAUGGGACCGGCCCCAUAUAUAUGGCUUCAUAUCCUGUCUCACUAUUAAACACUGGAGAACAAUACA